AUGGCCGGUCUCGGGGCUGCUUUCCGCCGCCUGGGUGCCUUGUCCGGAGCUGGGGCCUUAGGCUUGGCCUCCUACGGGGCGCACGGAGCCCAGUUUCCGGAUGCCUACGGGAAGGAGCUCUUUGACAAGUCCAACAAACACCACUUCUUACACAGCCUGGCCCUGUUAGCGGUACCUCUGUGCAGAAAGCCCCUCUGGGCUGGGUUACUGCUAGCUUCUGGAACUACCUUAUUCUGCACCACCUUUUACUACCAGGCUUUGAGUGGAGACCCCAGCUUCCAGAAUUUGGCGCCUGUGGGAGGGAGCCUGCUACUCUUGGGCUGGCUUGCCUUGGCUCUUUGA